AGUUGCUCAGUUUGCCAGGAGGCUGUGUGGAAGUACAAAUGUCCUGGAUGUCUUGUGAAGACUUGCUCCCUGCCAUGUGUAAAUCUACAUAAGAAGAAUAACAACUGUAAUGGAAAGAGAGAUAAAACAGCAUAUGUUAGGAAGAGGGAUUUCAACGAUAGCAACCUGCUGAAUGAUUACAGAUUCCUUGAGGAUGUUGCUAGGACUAGUGAUAGUGGGCAGAGAGAUCAGUUGAACCGUCCACUAGGGAAAAAUAAACCUUCAUAUUUGAAUAGGAUCCUCCAACAGGCUAGAAAAAGACAGAUGAACUUGUAUAUCAUGCCAAAACAGUUCACUAAGAGGAAACUCAAUUGUACGUGGUAUAGUGAAAGGACCAAAAAGAUGCAGUGGACUGUGGAGUGGAGCUUUCCUCAUGUUAAUGCCAAAUAUAGAGACAAAAAAGUUGAGGAAGAUGCGAUUUUAAGAGAUGUGCUGGCCAAAUAUGUAGAACAAGGUCAGGGUGACCCCGUUAUACAGCAUAAACUGAAGCCCUAUGUAACAAAGGGUCUUGGGGAGUGUAAACUGUACAUGAAAAUUGAACGUAGAAGAGCCAACUCUGUUAGGUAUUAUGCAUUAGACCUGGAUAAGACCCUUCAAGACAACCUCACACAUAAAACAGUAGUGGAGUACCCUGUGAUACAAGUAGUGCUAAAAGACAGAGUGGGGGAAUACAAAACUUUGAAACCUGAUGGGACAGAUUACACUUCAAGCGAAGCAUCAAGUGAUUCAAGUGAUGAUUCUACAGAUUCUUCAACUGAUUCGUCUGAAUCUGAUUCUGAAACUCCCGUCACCAUAACAACUGAAAUAAAACAAGAAAAAUUGGAAGUGGAAAUUCCAAAUGUGGAUUCAGAAACUAUUAACGAUCAGUGUGAAAACUUGAAGGCACAAACUGAAGAUCUAGAAACUGCUAAUCAUGAUAACAAAUGCGAGGUGUUAAAAUCUCAAAAUGAGGAUUUAAAAACUUCAGAGAAUAAGAACCUAUGUGAAAGGAAGACACUAAAUGAGAAUCUGGCAACUGUUGAUGUUAAAUACACUGAUAGCAAAGUUAAAGUUGAAACCAGACUUGAUAAUGAUACAGAAGAUGGUGCAACAAACACAAUGAAUAAAGAUACAGACACCGUGAACAAAAGCCAUCAAUGUUCACAAGAAAUUAGUAAAAGGCAAAAUCAAGAUCAGGACACUGAGGAUAUCUCAGUUAAGAGACAAAAAACCUCUGAUGAGGGUAAUAAGUCAAUUUUAGAAUGAAUAUAUGAAUGAAGAACAGUCCUGAACUUUUACAAGUAUUACAGAAGCUCACAAUUAUCCUUGUAAUGUACAGGAUAACCCCAAAAAUGCAACCCUAUAUUUUUGGAAUAACCUUCUCAAUCAUGGUGUAAUCUUCUUAAAUUAUAUUUUGUAGAGUGUCCAAUAAUGCUUUAAUGAUCAAUGUUGUUCUUAUAUAGUAUUGAUUCAUUGAUGCUUAUAUAGUCUUAAGUAUUCUACUGUUUCUAUGCAUCACAAGAAAAUUGGGGAAGAUUCCAGAAAAACGGAAAAUUUAUUCCAAAUUCAAACAUGACCAUUCUCUAAUUGAGUUUCUCAACCAAUCAGAA